AUCGUUCUUUUAUCAAACACAUUCUCUCUUUUGUGUUUUGCAUCAUGAGAAUACAAUAAUCCAAAAACGCAUUUCCAAACACUUCCUUCCUAGUCUCAACAAAUAAACGCCGGCAAAAAAAUUGAACGGCGACUCUUGCGCUCUCUCUCACUCUCACACAUUAAUUAAUUUUAAGGUUAGAUUGCAGAUUACAAGUAAAAAAAGGCACAAAACAAUGGUGGACUGGUGGAUAUCGCUGGUCGGGGCAGCGGUUCCGGCAUUGGUGGCAGGUCAAGCUUUAAGAAUGAAAAACAGGAGAGCAGAAGAACAGAGAUUGAAGAGUGCUAGAGGUCGUGAGAAAAGCUCGGACGAUAUAUUCGUUUGUGAGAGGGUCUGCACAUCCAAAAGAAUGUUAAAGAAAGUUGGUGCCUUUUCUAAAGACCCGACUCUCGACACCUGUGUCACGGUUUGUGGUGUUUCAGAACUUGAUGCUUGUGCAGAUGCAUGUGCCCGAACUGUUUGUGUGAACCAGCAUCAAGUGCCAAACUGGAAUGAUAUUUGCUUGAAGAGAUGCCAAAGUGAGUGCCUAAAGCUCUCAAACUCUUCAGCUUUGUCUUCAUAAUAUGUGUUGUUAGCUAAAAAUUUAGUCUUUUGGUUUCUGUUGUGAUAUCAAACUUUGAUGGUCGAGUAAUGAUCUGAAUAUGAUGUCUGUCUUUUCAAUUCAA